AACUUCUUUGCAGUAAGGGAAAAUACGGCUGACUCACUUCUAUAUGGAAUCGACUGGAAGCUGGAUUAGUCAACAGGCAGUCUUGGAAGCCUCUCACCUCAUUCAUCCUGCUUUGUCCAGUAUGAAGACAGGGAACCUAAACCAUGAAGAAGAACGUGACCGCUUCCAAGGAAAACUGUGGGUCAUCAUAGUUCUGCAGUUCUUUUUCGCUGUUUUGGGGAAUGGCUUUACAAUCUACCACUUUGUGGCUUGGGAACGCACCUGGCAUUCCGGCAUCAUCUACUCCUUCAACCUGGCGCUCUGUGACCUGUUCUAUGCCAUCUCCUUGUUGCCCUUGGCUGUUUACUAUUUUCCCCCCAAGGACUGGAAGUACGGCUUCAUUUUGUGCAAAUUGGAUCGUUUUGUCUUUUUUGUCAACAUGUACGGCAGCACCUUUUUCAUUGCUUGCAUCAGCCUGAACCGCUACAUCGCCAUUGUCCAUCCCUUCUUUGCCCAUGAGCGCAUCGAACCCUUCCAUGCCAAAGUUGUCAGCGGGGUGAUGUGGUUUCUCGCGAUAGCCAUCUCAGCCCCUGUCCUUUAUUUCUCCACCGUGGAAAGGAAAAACAGCACAAAAACUUGCUUAGGAAGUGCUCCUGCAUCAGAACUGCCUGCUUAUUGGCCAUAUAGCUGGUUCCUCCUGACUGUGGGCUGUGCACUGCCUUUUCUCCUGACUCUCUUUUCUUGUGUGGCCAUUGUUUGUGCUGUUAGACGCAGUCAUGGUACCACCAGGGAGGAAAAGAGUAAAGUGAAGAUACUGAUUUCUACAGUUGUGCUCCUUUAUGCCCUCUUUUACUUGCCUUUUCAUAUAUUUCGCAAUAUGAAUCUUUAUUUUCGUAUGAACCAAUACAACAUGCCCAUUUACUUCACCUAUCAAAUAACUAAAAUCCUAGUUCACUUUCAUGUUUGCAUCCACCCAUUCAUCUAUGCAGCUCUAGCUAAGAACAUGCCCAAAUGUUGCUGCAAAGGUUUACUGCGGCAGAAAGAGCUGCAAGAGAAAGAACAGAAUCUGGAAUUGCAACCAGCACCCUCCUAUGGCCACUGAAACCAGUGAUGAAAAUACAUUUGGCUACUAGUUAGUUUUGCUAUUCACUGACAAGCUGUCCACUGUAGUAUAUUUUCUACUGAAGGUAAAGAUUUCCCUGUCAGUCAUGUCCAACUCUAGGACACCGUGUUCAUCGCCAUUUCUUGGCCAAGGGAGCCAGCGUUGUCUGGAGACCAUUUCCAUGGUCAUGUGGCCAGCAUGAGUAUACGCCCAGCGUACGGAACACUGUUACUGUUCCACUGAAAUGGUACCUAUUUAUCUACUAGUAUUUGCAUGCUUUCGAAGUGUUAAGUGGGUAGGAGCUGGGGCAAGUAAUGGGAGCUUACCCCAUUGAGCCGAGUUCAGGUUUUGAACUUGGGCUGUCAGCUCUCAGCAUCUUUAACUGCUGAGCCAUCAUGCCUCCUGCUAUUUUCUACUACUUUCCCAUUAUUUAAUGGGACGUGCACUUUCAUCUUUGCUUUUUGAUAUUUAUGUGGAACCCCUGGCUUGUGCUAUUAGACUACAUGGAGUAGUACAUAGCUGAACAUAAACCGGUUCUCUUUAAGAUAACAUAGUGCCAAUUUCAAUCCUUUCAACCACAUAUUUUCCCACUCUUCCAUUUCUAUAUUAUAAUAACCAUAUUUUUAU